AAUGAGCUUAGCCUAGCGACACUCGAAAUCUCGGGCCGACGUAUCUCCAGGACAACUUACGUCUGUACUGGCUGCAAGUGGCUAUACUCCGUACGGAGCUCGACGAACGGCUCCCAUCGACACCACAAUGAGGUUUUUCACGUCACUUUUGCCGUCGCUGCUGCUGUCGAGUGCCUCCUUGGUCGCCGCCGCAUCCUCUUGGAGUUUCGAUGAUGCUACGUUGACCGUGCAAGCUAAAGGUGCUGGUGUAGGAGCUGGCUCCAAGGACAAGUUGGAUCCUAAUUCCCCUCUGCCAAAACCCAUCUCCCUGGGUGCAUCCGACACCCUUAAACUUCUGCUCACCACCACCGACGGCAAGCAGGCCAAACGGCCCCAUCAGGCGUUUCUCACUAUCAGGGAGCCGGUGACGGGGCUGGAAGAAUCUUUCGUACUGAGCGUCAAGGAGAAUGGGAAAGGCAAGCUUGACCUGUCUCAAAAAGACUUAUCAUUUCAAUUCCUCACGUCCUCCAAACCAAUUGAAGCUUCAAUUGUCAUCGGAUCCUUUGGCUCAUCUACACCGUACAAAAAGAAGGUGUUUGACCUGAACAUAACCCGGGAUCCGAACGUACCGCUCGCCGUUCCGGAAAAGCCGCUUCGCUACGCUGCGGACAAGGAGAUUCAUCAUAUCUUCCGCGCCGAGCCUCGAUCCCCACCCAAAAUCAUUACCUUGGUGUUCGCUGCGGCAGUGGUUGCUGCGCUCCCGGUUCUGCUUGGUGUCUGGGCGGCAUUGGGCGCCAACCUCGACCAUUUAGGCAAGGCAAUGGGCAAUGCCCCUAUUCCGCAUGCCCUAUUCUUCGGCUCCAUCCUAGCUAUGGAAGGUAUCUUUUUCCUAUACUACACCCGUUGGAAUCUCUUCCAAACGCUGCCUGCCGCCGCAAUUGUUGGCCUGGUAGCUUUCCUGAGUGGAAGUAGGGCCUUGUCCGAGGUCCAAGAACGACGUUUGGCCGGACUCCGGUGAAACAGAUGAAUGG